CCUCAACUCAAACUCGCACUCAGACCCACCCGCCUGCUCCUAUCCAACUCCUUCCAAUACCCAUUGACAUCACAUCACAUCGAUAUCACAGUCAACCACAAUCACCAUGUCGUCUUCAUCACGCAAGGCUCACUUCAUGCACACCAACGCCGUGUACUGGCCCAAUUACCGGGUCUACAACGGGGACACGCCGGGGCAGCUGAACUAUGGCUGUAUCAACCGCGUUCACUACGCCUUUGCGAAUGUGACGGCGGACGGGGGUGUAUUUCUUAGUGACGAGUGGGCCGACGCUCAAGCACCAUGUGACGGUGUCCAGGGCGCCUUGGGGUCCUUUAUGCACCUCAAGCAGAGAUACCGCCAUCUACAGGUUGUCCUCUCGAUUGGGGGUGGCGACUCGGCCGAGACAUUCCCCAUCGUGGCCUCUAGUGCUGUCCUCAGAGACAACUUUGCUCGUUCAGCGCGAGGCCUGGUCGAAGCGUCCGGCCUCAAUGGCAUCGACAUUGUCUGGGAGUACCCGUGCACUCCAGAGCAGGGGAGGGACUUCCUCGCGCUGGUCGCGGCGAUCCGCAUCCAUCUUCCCGAAGACCGCUACCUGCUCACUGCCACCCUCCCAGCCGCGAAGCCGGUCCUCCAGAACAUCGACCUCCGGCAAACCGCCGAGUACCUCGACACCCUCAACCUGACGGCCUACGACUUCUUCGGGCACUGGUCCCACAAGAGCGGCCACCACGCCCAGCUGUACGCGAUGAGCAAGGACGAGACCUCGGGGGCGGCGGGCGUCAAGGACCUCAUGUCAUCUGGCGUACCGGGCAAGAAGAUCCUACUCGGAAUCCCGCUCUUCGGCCGCAGCUUCCUCGGCGUUGCCGGGCCGGGCCACAAGAACCGGGGCGCCGGAGGCAAGGACGGCUCCUUCGAAUACAACCAGCUGCCUAGAAAGGGAACCAAGGAGCAGGUCGACAAGCGGGCCGUCGCGGCCCAGUGCGUGGGCGCCGACGGCGGCUUCGUCACGUACGACAACCCCGAUACGGUCAAGAUGAAGGCGACCUUUUGCAAACAAAAGGGGCUGGGAGGGCUUUUCUACUGGAGCGCGCCGUCCGAUGCGAAGGACUCCAAGAGGAGUCUCAUCGCGACGGGCUUCAAGGCGCUACACAGCUCUUGAUACGCCCUAACCAUGUUCCUUUUUCUCAUUUUCUUUUUCAUUCCCUCGUACUCGAGCGGAAAAGGGCUUAAAAUCUGUAACGAUGAAAUGGAGUGAACGACGAGACGAACUUACGGCACAUGAUGUUUGGAAUAGGUUACCAAAAAGGCUUUGGGGUACGGUCUAGACGGGUAUUUCUUUCCUACAAUCUUUUUCUUUGGCUCGCUCCCUUACUCUUCCCUUUGUUUUCGGGCUCGAAUAGAUGGUG